CUCGACAUGAGGUAUCAGCAGGAAUGCUUUGGAGAUGGUUUUAAGGAUCCCUAUUGCUUAUUAUUUCGUGAUGCAAUUGCAGCUAUUCCACUGUUGGCUUUCUGGCUUCUCAUACCUGUAUUUGUACGAAUUAUUCGAGAUAAUGAGCCCAAGUUGCGAGCUCCCAAAUAUUUUUGGGCACAUUUGAUUUUGCAAGUGCUUCUGCUCGUCGACAAUGCUGUUUUCGGAGCACUUUAUUUCAAUCAAACUGAUCAUUUUUUGCCGCUUCUCCGAUUUCUUCAAGUACUUUCCUACGCAAACUGCUGCAUUUGGUUCAGUCUCUUGUCAAAACGUCUUCACUCAAUCCAUCCCUCAUUUUGUCUCAUUUUUCUGAUUCUUCUCGUUUUAAAAGCAGUUCAGGUUCUGGUUUUAGUAUUCGAAUCUACAUUUGACGCCGGCGUCACUGCCGAAUUUGUGCUUCUGAUGGCUGAAACAGCACUUCUAGCAAGCUCCACAAAGCGAUUAGGGGAGGAUGAACAAAAAAUCGAACAAACACCGGAAGAGAAAAGUUCAUUUCUCUCGAAAAUCUUCUUCUGCUGGCUGAAUCCCCUUAUCCGUGCUGGUGCAAAACAGCCACUUACCAAUGAAAGUUUGCAUAAUUUGAACGAAAAUGCCACUUCAGAAUGGUUAUAUACACGGUGGAGAGCCGAAUUUGAUAAGGAAAAAGCGGGGAGAAAAUCCGGAGAAACUUCAAUAGUUUGGCCAUUCAUUCGUAUCCAGCGUGCCACAAUAAUCACCCUAACUCUUGCCAGACUUACAGCUGACAUUGUUCAUUAUCUUAAUCCAAUUCUUUUAAAACAAUUAAUCGACUAUGUAUCUCUUCACGACCAGCCAUUGUCAUUUGGUAUUGCAAUUGCUUGCAUAAUGUUUUCUUGCUCAACCACCAGAUCGUUACUUCAAAAUUAUCAGAUUGCGGGAAUGUGCCGUCAAGCGGUAUACUAUCAAACCGUACUCAGCAAUGCAAUUCUUCACAAAAUCCUCCGAUUAAGUCCAUCAGCCCGGUCAAAUCGAACAGCUGGAGAGAUUCUUAACCAUGCAGCUGUUGAUAUUGAAAUUAUUGUUCAUUCUGUGCCUUAUCUUCAGAAUAUGUGGUCGGUUCCGUUUCAGGUAACAUUAGCCAUGACAAUGUUGGCCAUAACACUGGGAUGGGCGGCAAUGGCUGGAGUUUGCAUUAUGAUAUUAUUCAUUCCACUGAAUUUGUGUACUUCGAGAUUUAUCAAGUUGUCCCAACAGAAACAGAUGAAAAUCAAGGAUGAAAGGACGAAGUUGUCUAAUGAGAUGUUAAACGGAAUCAAAGUUGUAAAACUCUACGCCUGGGAAGAGUCAUUCGAAGACCAAAUAAACCGCCUUCGUGCAAAAGAGGUGAAAAUGCUCCGAAAUGUGUGCAUUUUGAGUCGAAUUGUCGACGUUGCAAAUGCGGCAAGUCCCUUCUUGGUAGCAAUCGGAUCAUUCACAUGUUAUGUUUUAUGGUCUCCAGACGAAAAUGGACUUACUCCGUCUGUUGCAUUUGUUGCACUUACUAUAUUCAAUCAAUUGAGACAGCCCAUGAGAAUGGUGGCCAAUUUGAUCAAUACUUUGGUUCAGGCCCGUGUAUCCAACAAACGUCUCCGCCAAUUCCUGAAUGAUGAGGAGAUGGAACGAAAAACGGAAGUUGCUUUGGGAAAUGCUAUUGUAUUCAAAAAUGCUUCGUUGAAUUGGAAAGGACCACAGAAUCCGCCGGUUCUUAAGGAUCUCUCCGCCACCAUCAAACCAGGCCAAUUAAUUGCUAUUGUUGGAAGUGUUGGAGGUGGAAAAUCAUCACUUUUGAGUGCAGUUCUCGAUGAAAUGGUCCUUCUGGAUGGGCGUGUCAAAGUGGGCGGUUCGAUUGCGUAUGUGCCCCAACAUUCGUGGAUUUUCAAUAAAACUAUUAAAGAAAAUAUUCUGUUUGGAAAUGAGUUGAGCAAUUAUUUUUAUGAUCAAGUUGUUGGUUCAUGUCAAUUGAAGACGGAUUUUCGACAUUUUCAACAAGGAGAGAAUACGAUGGUCGGCGAAAAUGGAAUAACACUAUCCGGAGGUCAGAAAGCUCGAAUUUCACUCGCAAGAGCCGUUUAUCAAGACAAGGACAUUUAUCUACUGGAUGAUCCAUUAUCAGCAGUUGAUGCACAUGUUGGAAGAGCUCUUUUCGAUAAAGUUAUUGGGCCGGAUGGGCUCUUAAGAUCGAAGACUCGAGUUUUGGUGACCCACAAUCUACAGUAUACAAAAUAUGUGGAUACUAUUUAUGUUAUUGAAGACGGCCAAAUUGUGCAACACGGAUCCUUCGAAGACAUUGCAUAUGUAGAUGGACCAUUUGGAAGACUUUGGUCUGAAUGUGAAAAUUCGGAUGAAGACGUGGCUGAUGAAGAAGCUGAAAGUUCGGAAGCAUCUGUAACACCACCUGUACCUGUGUUAGAAAAUGGAGAUAAUGGCGCAAUCGAGAAGAGCAGUCAAAUCGAUCGGACGAAUUCACAUUUUUCGGAAAAAUCUAGAAAAUCUGAGGAGAAGCCCCAGAAAGUGGAGAAAAAUGUGGAGAAUGUGCAGUUGGGUCGAGUGAAGAAGAGUGUCUAUCAGCUUUAUAUCAAAACUAUGGGAAUAUUCAAUUCCUCAGCGUUUUUGAUAUUUUUCAUUGCUCAUUUCACAGUCAUGAUUAUGAGAUCUCUUUGGCUAUCUGAUUGGUCAAAUGAGAACGCGGCGAUUAAGAAAGCGACCUUGAGCUCCGUGGACUAUUUGAAUUCAACGAGUUCGGUUGAUGGUCCAGUCAGUGUUGAGACACGUUUGAUUGUUUACGCAGGAUUCGGAGGAUUGGAAAUGCUCCUACUUGCUCUGGCCUUUACCGUUCUCACAAUCGGAAGUCUCCGAGCUUCCUAUGGACUCCAUUCUCCAUUAAUUCAUGCUCUUCUGGUUGCUCCGAUCUCAUUUUUUGACACAACUCCAACUGGAAGAAUAAUCAAUCGAUUAUCAAGAGAUCUCGACGUAAUCGACAAGCUUCAGGACAACAUCCGAAUGUGCACACAAACCUUACUCAAUGCUUGCAUGAUCCUUGUACUGAUCUCCAUCUCAACUCCAAUUUUCUUGGUUUGCGCGGCGCCUUUAAUUUUGAUCUACUACUUUGUCAUGAUCUACUAUAUUCCUACAUCGAGGCAAUUAAAACGUCUGGAGAGUGCUAAUCGGUCACCGAUUUUGUCAACGAUUGCUGAAUCAAUUCAUGGUGCAAGUUCAAUCAGGGCGUUUGAUAAGACGGAACGCACGACUACAGCUUUAUCGACAAAUGUGGAUAAAUUUGCACAAUGCCGUUAUCUAUCUCAUAUGUCAAAUAGAUGGUUAGCCACUCGACUCGAAUUACUCGGAAACACGUGUGUACUCUUCGCCUCUCUAUCAGCCACACUCUCUACUAAAUAUUUUGGGCUAACACCCGGAAUGGCUGGACUAUCAGUAUCAUACGCUCUAACCAUCACCGAAGUUUUGAACAUUUGUGUGAGAAGUGUCAGUGAAAUUGAGUCGAAUAUUGUGUCAGUUGAACGAGUCAAUGAAUAUCAGAAGCUGGAGCCAGAAGCUCCAUGGAGAAUCGAAAAAAGUUUGGAGAAUGAGGAGAAGUGGCCGGUGAAGGGGAAAAUCGAGUUGGAUGGUUUUUCGAUGAGAUAUCGAAAGAAUUUGCCGCUGGUUUUGAAAAAUAUCGAUUUGAAAAUUGAAGGAGGUGAACGAAUCGGAGUCAUUGGGAGGACGGGAUCCGGGAAGAGUUCAUUGACUAUGGCAUUGUAUAGAAUGAUCGAAGGAGAAUCCGGCACCAUAAAAAUUGAUGACGUGGAAAUCGAUACAAUAGGCCUUCAUCAGCUCCGCUCCAAACUCAUAAUUAUUCCACAAGAACCAGUCGUCUUCUCAGGAACUCUCCGAUUCAAUUUGGAUCCUUUCAAUCAAUAUUCCGACGAUCAAAUUUGGAAUUGCUUGGAAAUUUGUCAAUUGAAACAGUUUGCACAGGAAGAUGACAAGACACUGGAUCGAUAUAUUGCAGAAGGUGGAAAAAAUAUGAGCGUUGGCGAGCGUCAACUUCUCUGUCUGUGCCGCGCGUUGCUCCGUGGAGCCCGUAUAGUAAUAUUGGAUGAAGCAACUGCGUCCGUCGAUACAGUAACCGACGGAAUUGUACAAAGAGCCAUUCGACAGCAUUUCCCACAAUCAACCACCAUCUCAAUAGCUCAUCGAUUGGAUACUAUUGUAGAUUCUGAUAGAAUCGUAGUAUUAGAUGCUGGACGAGUCGCCGAAUUCGAUACGCCGUCGAAUUUGUUGUUGAAUCCGGAUUCUUUGUAUUCUCAACUAUUAAAUGAGAAAAAUAGAAAGCAGUGAUCUUUAAAAAAAAAUUUUUUUGUUGGAAUUUCAAUAAAAAUUUGAUAAAUAUUCAACGGUUUCUCUAGAAAAAUA